UGUGUGCGCGACCGGAAUUUAAACAUGACGUUUUGAUGGAAUUACUAUGACAUCACCGGGGUCCGUUGCACUUCUCGGACUAGUAUUCGAUCUGGAAACAACGAGUGCAUAAUGCGAACGUCUAUCGAUGUGCAACUGCGAGUCCUGUCGUUUUAACAAUUAACGCCACACCUAAGUCACGCAAUUUAUUUAUUGCAAACCUGGAGGUAGGCGCGUAUUCACAUAGACUACAAGGAGGAGUCUUCUUUUCCCGAGACACACCUAAGACGUAUGCACAGGAUCCGUAUAGUUUGGCUGUGAUUAUCUAUAAUUUCUUGUACUGUAUAAAUACGAUUUCCUGCCGGAGAUCGCACAGUGUAUAGAACCGCUUGAAUUCCGGACCACAAGUUCGUAGGAAGGCGAAAUUCUUCGUGCAAAACGUCUUUAUGAAACCUCCUUCUUCCACUGUUGAGCAGAUCUACGCGUAGAGCGUGCUGCGGCAAAAAGUUGUAUUCAUGCCUUUUUGCCUGAGAGGUAACGCGACCUGCAAAAUGGAAGAAUAUUCUGUCGCGUCUGACGUAUCGGUGGUGGACGUGUACGACAUCGCAUCGGAGAUAGGAAAGGAAUGCGAGAAGCUCAUAGACCUGUUUGGAGUGGAGUCGGUGACCAAUCUGAUGCCAAAGGUGAUAAAUGCUUUAGAGCUACUUGAGAAUCUCGCCACUAAGAAUGAACGUGAAAAUACUAUGGUGCAAGAGCUAAGUGCCAAGAUCUCUCAGCUCGAGAGUGAUAAAAUUGGAAAGGCUGAGGAUAGACAACGAUUUGAAAAGGAAUUAGAACAAAUUGAAGAACACUGGAGACAAGAAUCUCGUGACUUAGUAGCCAUGGUUACCAGAUUACAAGAAGAAAAUAGACGAUUAGCCGAAUCUCUGCAAGAGUCACGUAGUGAUAGUCAGUACAGCAGUAAACAAACAACUAUCACAGCUAGUCAGGAGGUUGAUAUAGCAGUUUUGCAACAUUUAAGGUCCAUGAUAGAUAAACAAAGAGAUCAGAUUCGUGCUAGAGAUCGAGAAUUGUCACAAAAAACUGCAGAAAUUGAAAAUUUGAGUGCACAAGUGGAGAAACUUACCGUACUGGGACGGGAAUUGAAACGUAAACAACGACAAGCGCAAAUGCAAGCCCGAGGUUUAGUAGAAGAAAGAGCUGACUUCUUAGCUCAACUGCAAGAUCAAAAUCGGGAACUUAUAAAUCUUCGGGGACGACUUGGCAUGGCUAAGAAAGAAAAUGAGGAUUUAAGUAAAUUGCAAGGCUGUCCUGAUUUAACAAACAAAGCAAUUUAUGAUCUAGAUGAUCCUGAUAGACCCAGAUUUACAACUGCCGAGCUAAAAGAAAUUUUGCAUGAACGAAAUGAAUUGAAGGCAAGAGUUUCGGAUCUCGAAGACGAACUAGAACUGUACCGACCAAAACCUGAAGUUCCUGAAGAUGACAAAGACGCACCCGUACAAGGACCACUUCCUUAUGAACCAGAUGAUGCUCCAUGGAAAAAAUCCUCUGAAUCUGGAAUUCGUAAAUUUUUCCGAAAAAUAUUCUCCGAAUCCAGUAGCAGUUUUCUCGGAGGUAGCAGUCCCAGACGAAGUCUUUCUAGUCUUUCAAAGAUGGCCCUAUCUGGUAGCAGUACCUGUGAUACGUCUAUAUAAUGCUUUUUUAAACGUGCAUUGGAUAAUUUUAAGUAAUUAGAACUUGUCAAAGACGAUAACGAAGGACGACGUCGCUUAGAUUUUUUAUUUACAUAAUCACUGCUCGAUAUACAUACAAUUUUACAUAGAUAAUUUGAACGUAGAUAUUGAUUCCUGUAAAAAAAAGAUAAAGAUAUUGAGACCUGGUUCAUAGUAGAUAGAUAUGCAUGCAAUGAGUGAAAUACAUACUAGACACAUUAGAUUUGUAUAACCCUAUGAUAUGACGGCAGAGACUUGUAUGCAUGUAUAUAUUUGUAUAGAUGUAAAAAAAGGACAAUGUGUAUUCAGCUGCACGACCUUAGUACAUUAUGUAACAUUUUUUACUUCUCCAUUUAUUCUCUUUUAGACGUUGAAUUUGUUGUAAUUAAUGAUUAAUAAAUAUACAGAAUAUUCAUAAAUGCAUGUAGCAAAAAAUCGUAAUAUAAUUAGAAAAUAACAUUCCAAUUUUUUCAAAACUACUAGGUGCAUGUUGUUUCAAAGGUACAUUGAUGAGGUUCUAAUUGUGUCUAAUGUGGAACAGGUCUCAUUUUUCCACAUACACACGCACACACACACACGGGCGCGCGCGCAGAUACCAAAGUAUCCGAUUAUUCUUUCUAAGCUAUCAAAGAAAGAUUUAUAUCUUUUGAUAAUUUUCUUUAUUUUAUUAAUUAUCUAUAAAUGAACUAAUAUGUUCUAUCUAAUUACAAUUAAAUGUCAUUUUUAGAGUAUAUUCUAUAUAAAGAAAAUCAUGGUACUUUUAUACCUUAUCAUAUUUUUAGUAUAUAUUAUAUUUAUUGUAUCAAAAUGGAUUUAUAAUGUGAUUAAAACACAUAACACGUUUGGAUUUAUACUUCAUUUUUUAUCUUUUGUACGUUAUAACAUCUAAUUUUUUAUCUUAUUUAAAAUGUUGAUAUGAUAUUGAAUUUAAUAUUUCACAUCUGUGCCAUGUGUAAAAAUAAAUAGUAUUUUUCUUUCCAUGUCACAAUUGUAAAUAUACUCAUAAAACACAAGUUGAUUUGAUUGUAUGUUUAUUUCAAUAUAUGAUACGUUCGUAUAAAAAUAUAUUACAUCUUUCUCAAAUAUAUAAAUAUAUGACGAUAUAAUUAAGAUAUAAAUAAGUUGUUACUACCUAUUAUAUAUCCAAAUAACUAAAAGAAUAGCAAAUUGGAUAUAUUGCUAUUUUAUAAGAAUAUCUGAAUUAAAAUACAAAAAAGUAUCAAAAAAGUUUAUUCUGCAAUAACAUAUAACAAGAAAAAUAUUAUAUAAAUUUGCGAAUGCCAAAAGUUUCAUUACAGAGGAUUUGUUGUAAUCUAUAUUAUAUGUUAAAAAUUAGCUGUUUAUAUAUAUAUAUACAUAUGAAAAAUAACUGUGUUAUGUGUAGUGCCUAUUUCAGUAUUAAUUCAGUAUUAACUUAUCAAUUUUUGAACGAUUCAGUAAAUUUUCCAGUAGUACAAGAAAGACGAGUUUACAUAUGUAGAAUGAAUUAUAAUAUAAAUUGUAAUGAAGAAAAUAUUGUAGUGAGAGUACGAUUUUUGCGACUACGAAGAUAUUAAUGAAUAGUUAUAUGCUCAUGAUGAAACAUUUUUCAUUUAUUUUGUAAACCCGAGGCAUUAAAUUAAUAUUUGAUAUAUUUAAAGGAGAGUAAGUUCCAAUUUUGUUAAAAAUAUUUUAUAACAGAAUGAAAUAACAUACAUGCAUAUCAGUGUAUUUUAUCCACCUUAUAUCAGACAAUAUAUCCUCAAAAAUGUUUUGUGAGUAUAUCUUUUAAAUGUAAAUUGAAUUUACAUAAAUAGCUUUAUUUUAAUCUUGUAUACAGCGAGAGAAAGGAUUCAUUUAUAUUAGUAUAGAUUUUUAUACUAGCAAAAUAGCCAAGGCAGCAACAAAUUACAUUUUUUGAAGAAUAAAAAUGUCAAUCAUGGAAUAAACAUUAAGAUAUUUAUAUAUUUGUUGCUUCCGUGGCUACAUAAACAAAUUUUUAUUGACCAAUGCGAUAAUUUAGAAUUGUUGAAUAUCUUUAUACAACAAAAUGAUAAAUAAGCAGAUUUAUCCCUUUCCAUGCAUAUUAUAAUAUAGGAUUAUAUAUGAUUUUAAAACAAUCUUAGAUGUAGAAUCAGAGAGAUAAAAAAUAACAAAUGUGUGACACAAAAAUUACAUAACGUUGUCCAUAAUAUGUUGUAAGUAGAUAUUAAAAAUCUAGUGGACUGUAAAAAAAAUAAAUAGUAUCUUUCUGGAA